AUGGAAGAACGGAUCCGCAAACGCAUCCCCAAGUCCUGCCGCCGCUGCCACCGCCGCAAACAGCGCUGUGUGGGCGCGCCGGUCUGCGCGAACUGUGAGCUGGCGGGCCAGCCUUGUGUUCGAUCUGACAGUGUGCCCUCGUGGCACCAUGGGAUGUCGAAGGGCGCGCUGGCACAGAGAAUAGAGACUCUGGAGGCGCAGCUUGCUGCUCUGACAGAGAGGCAGACAAGGAGUGCUAGCGUCUCGAGAUCUGAGGAGCAUCGUCAGUAUCCAGAUGAUACCAGAUCUUCAGGCGAAGGGCUGAGGCCCAGCACAGGUUCAGGUUCAGGCUCCGGCUCGAACGCAAGCAUAAGCACAAUCACAGACUCACCCGAAACCCAGGGUGCAGUCAUGCAUUUCUUCAUCCAGGGACCGGGUCGGUACGAAGAUAAAGUCGAGGGGAACUAUCUAGGCCCAUCAUCUGGCCUUGCAAUCGCCGAGAAUAUCAGUCGUAUAGUCCAGGACGCCGUGUGGAAGUCCAUCCCCGUGAAUGAGACGCACGAGUUUCAGGCGCCCUGUGAGAAUGAGACCACCGGCCCAGCCUCAGCACCGGACGACGCAAUGGGAGCGCGUAUCCUUGAGGCGUAUUUCAAGAGUAUGCAGAUGCGUUUACCAUUCCUGUGCCGAGCCGAGAUUUACGAGUUGCACGCUAGACGCUAUGAGCCAGUUGGCCCGAGUACAGCAGAGCAAUUUGCCCGAUUCAAGAUCUUUAUGGUCUACGCGAUUGGCGCGGCCAUACUCAGGAUGACAGAGAUGUAUGACUCGACGCCACCUAGGAAUUACUUUGUUACGGCCAUGCAGUAUCAGCCUGCUAUCCAGGGAUCGCUCUCCAUCUCGAGCAUCGAAGCUCUAAUGCUCCUCGCCAUGUACAAUCUGCAGUCAUCCGCUAGCUCGAGCGUGUGGUACAUGAUGGGUCUGGCGACACGAAUAUGCGUCGAUUUCGGACUGCACAGGGAGGUCCAGUAUCGGCGGCUCAGUCCGUACGAGGCACAGCGACGCCGGAGGCUCUUCUGGAGUGUAUACCUGAAUGAGCGCUCCGUCGCGUGGUCGUUAGGUCGACCGUUCAGCAUUGGCGAUGAGGAGAUCGACGCAGAGCCCCCGGCUGAUAUUGACGAUUCGCUACCAGAAAGUGCAGACGAAGAUUCAUUCCGAACACCCAGAGACCGGGGCGAGCUGUGGACGGGCCCGAAUAUCCGGUGUUUCAUUGCGUGCAUCAAGCUAUCCCGGAUAUCAUCGAAAAUUAGGUCGACGGUAUACCGGUUGGAUAGAGACCUACCGUCUCUUUUACAUAAGGUGUAUCCUUUGUUGGCGAGGUUAGACGAAUACCAAAAGUCCUUGCCAUAUCUAUCUGCAUACGAGAACGACUUCAUCCAAAUGCACUGGAACAAUGCGACGCGGACUCUUCUGCAUCCAUUUCUGAGUAUCCUGCCGCCAGACGACGAAUUGGCCCGGCGCUGCUUGUACUCGUCCGGGCAAAUGUGCCAGUAUUUCAAGAGACUACGGCAGAGAGACUCAACCUGGUACUCGUUUUUGCUCAUCAACACGCUAUUCAUGGCGGGAUUGACUAUCUGUCUGUGCCUCUUCCGCUCCCCCCGGUUAUGGACGAUCAGUGUCUCCAAUGACCUGCGCGCCUGCUCAUCCGCACUCUUCGUGAUGGCCGAACGACACCCCAGCGUCCGGAAAUAUCGCGAUGCCCUGGAAACAGCCAUUAACCGUGUCAUGGACUACGUGAGUGAUGCACAGAUACAGAGCCAGACACAUACCACGGGCAGCAUGUCGUAUACUCUUGAUCGUGCGCUUACGGACCCUCCAACACCAGGGUUCUAUAUCCCCUCUCCGCAGGCAAGUAGGGCUAGUGCGCCUGGAUUGGGCGUUGAAGAAACCUCAGAGACGAUACCAAUCCCUCUAUCAGACGGACGGGCAACUACGUUCUCAGGGUUAUUUACAGAGGAUUUUUGGGCGGGCGAUGCGUUUAGUUUGCAUAUGGGGGAGACCUUCGGAUUGCGAACAUAG